AUGGACGGCGCCAUUUCUCUACCAGCUGCUCCUAUAUUGAGUGGCUUGACUUCGCUGCUUUUCCUCUUUAUGGGUACACCACCAGUACCGAAGGUCGACGUCGACGAGUGGUGGGGCCCGGAGUACUUAAAGGGUUUGCAGGAUACCAGCGUCAGGCCAUUCCGCGUGGAGUUCAAUAAUUCGAUGGUCGAAGAUCUGAGGUUCCGCUUAAGGAAUACUCGGCAGCUAACGCCGCCACUGGAAGGCACGGCAUCCGAAUACGGCUUCAACACUAACCAGAUGGCGCAUUGGAUACGUUACUGGGCGGAUGAGUAUCCCUUCCAAGAGCGUCUGCAUUACAUAAACAAGUACAACCAGUACAAGACCAACAUCCAGGGCCUGGACGUCCAUUUCGUGAGGGUUACGCCGCAGGUCCCUCAAGGAAUGGAGGUUAUACCCCUGCUUAUGCUCCACGGCUGGCCAUCCAGCUUUCUGGACUUUUACGAGAUCAUACCCACUCUGACAGCUGUGACUGAAAACAGUGAUUUCGCGAUAGAGGUCAUUGCGGCGAGUCUCCCAGGGUUCGCUUUCUCUGAUGGCGCUGUUAGACCCGGUUUCGGUGUUGACAAAAUGGCGGUCGUUUUGAGAAACCUCAUGCGGAGGCUGGGCCACAAGAAGUUUUAUAUUCACGGUGCCGACUGGGGAUCGGUUGUGCUUAACAACAUGGCGACCUUCUUCCCUGAGGAAGUACUUGGUUACCACAGCAGUAUGCCUUCAAAUUUGUCCCCGACCCAGCUUAUACUUAGGGCAAUUGGAGCUCUUUACCCCCCACUGGUGGUACGACCCGAAGUCGAGGACAGGAUGUAUCCAGUGCCGAGGUUUUUGGCGAAACUGUUAAGGGAGUCGGGUUAUUUCCAUCAGCAGGCGACCAAACCGGAUACGGUCGCCGUAGCCCUCACGGACUCUCCAGCCGGUCUGCUCGCGUAUUACUUCGAGAAGAUCUCAGUCGGCACCCGCGGCUAUUACACCCAACUGGCUGACGGCGGCCUGCUAAUGCACUUCACCCGUGAACAGCUGAUCGACAACCUGAUGAUGUACUGGACCUCCAACUCCAUCGCAACUGCUGGCAGGAUCUAUGCAGAGUCGUUCUCACCUAGGUAUUUCCGAAAGCGGAUUGACAGUAUCCCGUCACCCGUGCCCGCUUGGAUGUUGCAAGCCAAGUACGAGAUCUCGUACAUUCCCCCGUGGAUGUACCAGAUGAAGUACCCAAAUCUACUGAACGAGACGAUCCUGGAUGUAGGGGGUCACUUCCUGGCGAUGGAACUGCCCCAAGUCCUGGCAGAGGACGUGCUGAGGGCAAUAGUUCAGUUCAGACGCUGGCACAUCGCGAAAGCUCACACUGAACUG